AGUUUUGCUUGUUAGUGUGUUUUACGGUGCAAAAACCACAAUUGGACCCGUUUAAAAAUCGUGCGUCGAUCAGUUUACGCCACGCACCGUACGAAUCUGAGCGGAUAGCAAUGGAGGGCGGUGAAUCCCCCCUUGACGUGCUCUCGAGGGCGGCCACGAUGGUGCAGGAGAAUCAGGCGUUGAACGACGACUCGAAGAACAGCAAACAGACGACGAAAUGGAAACGCGACAGACGAUCGCGCCUGCCCGAGUACAGCCGCAAGUCCGACCCGAAGUUCCCGGAAACGAUGGGCCUGGACCAGAGGCCGCCCAGCCCCCCUGAGUACAAGCCGGACGUCAACCAGUUGCAGGAGAACGGCAAAAGCGGCGGCGCCGACACCCCCAUCGACAUGAGCCUGAGGCAACGCGGUCUGCCGCCCUCGUACCAACAGACCAUCAACAACCCCGGCUACAGGUCGUCGUAUAGGCGGUCGGUGAUACACAACGGGGGACCGCCCAGGGAGGAGCUGCCGUCCGGUAUAUCAAUGUGCGACCCCAUAAUAGACGAGCACUUCAGAAGGUCGUUGGGCAACGACUACCACACGCUCUUCUCCAACAACAACCUAGCCAAAGAGCCGCCGAGGACGGUCUCACCGCCGGCCGCCACCCCGGAGCUGUCCGACAGUCCCGCCCUCUCGGUCGACGAUCACUUCGCCAAGGCUCUGGGCGGCGACACGUGGGCGAAGCUGAGCAAGAAGCCGGAGAUGAAGAGCUCGAACGAAAACAGCCUGUUGUCGACAUGAAUCCCCUCGCACCACUGCCACCGGUUAAUUUAAUCUCUCUGUGGAGUUUUGGUCGUCGUUAAAUGUUAUAAAUUUAAGUCUAGGUGGUUAUUUUCGUUCAUGAGACUGGAAUUAUCGUUUUGUUUUUCAUUAAAUCGGACCUCAAUUUCUAAUCUUUCUAAUACAUAUACGUAAAACACAGUACUAGACUAACUAAGGAUGAACGGAUGAAGCAAAAACAAUCUGUUGUGUAAUUGUGGCAGAUGUUUUGUGAUUUUUAUAGUAAGGAUUAAAAAUUUUCUUUGUGAUAUAAUUCAUUGACUUAAAAACAUAACAUUUUUAAUUAUAUGUUAUUCGCCGUAUUCCUAUUAAAAUAACUAAUUUAUAUUCCUAUUUAACUAGUAUUGUAUCCUUAAUGAAUGUAAUAGUGUAAGCCAGUUUUUGCUUUUUAUGUGUAUAAUUGUUUCAUUAAUGUAUAUUACAUAUAUUUUCAGGGAUUUUAUUAUAUUUAAUAAAUGCUAUUAUUGCUAUUACAUUAGACAACUAUAUCUAAGCUUUUUAGGUGAAAAUUUAUUUAGUUAAGUGAUUGUUAUAUAAUUUGUAUAUAAAUAGUUGGAAACAUAUUUUUGUAAAUAUUUGUUUUUGUAUAUAGUUAAUAUCUGUAGUUUUUGUCAAAAUAUUUAUGAAUUCUUUAAUUUUAGAAUAUAGACCUAAUUAUAAUUUUUUUAAUGUAUAAUCAAUUUGAUAAUACAUUGAUGUUCAAAACUGAGUCAACUUAUUUUACCCUUACAGCAAUAUUAUAAUAUACAAUAUUGUUUUGUAAAUUUAAUUUAUUUUAUUGUCUCUGAUCAUUUUUCUAAAAGUACUUUUAGAAAAU